AUGGCCACCGCCGCUCGAGAGCCUGCGCUCAAGGGCGGCGAGCAGCAAAAGCGCGGCAGCAAUGAGGUGCCGAGCGGCAUGGAGGCGGAGGCGCGGCUGCUGGAGCAGCUGACGAGCAUCCCCCUGAUCAGCAAGGCCACCUUGCGGCCUGCGCGCGUCGGCAAGGGAGUGCAGAUCACGACUGACGUGGCCACCUAG